AUAAUAUGGACGCUUGAGGAAUUAUCGACGACUGAGCACAUAACUCAGCAUGAAAUCGACCUAUAUCAGCAUCUCACAAGCCUUCUUAACUUGUUUCAUUUGAGCCUUUUGGAAUCUAUCCAUUCUCAUCAGAAUGUUGGUGCCGGUUUCGUUUUUCGCACUCGGUGCCUUGUUUCUCCAUCUCUUGGAUGGCGUACACGCUGGUACUGCUGGCUGUGGCAAAAGUCCUACCUUGACUAGCGGAACCAAGACGGUCACGGUCAACGGAAAACAACGUCGCUGGAUAUUGAGGAUUCCAGAAGGGUACAACAGCAGCCAACCUUACCGCCUUAUCUUCGGUCUCCACUGGCGCGACGCCGAUAUGACGGGUGUUGAUGGUGGAUCGGCACCCUACUAUGGCCUCAAGGCUCUCGCGAAGAAUAGUGCCAUCUUCGUCGCUCCGGAUGGACUGAACAAGGGAUGGGCCAACCAGGGCGGCGAGGACAUCACUUUCAUUGACACGAUCCGCCAACAGAUCGAGGACGGUCUCUGCGUCAACGAAAACCUCCGUUUCUCUCUUGGUUUCUCCUAUGGCGGCGCUAUGAGCUACAGUCUGGCUUGCAGCCGUGCCAAAGAUUUCCGCGCCAUCGCUGUGCUUUCAGGCGCCCUUCUAUCCGGAUGUUCUGGUGGCAACGACCCCAUUGCUUUCUACGGCCAACAUGGAGUCAGAGAUAGUGUUCUGCCCAUAUCAAUGGGCAGGGACAUUCGCGAUCGCUUUGUCAAGAACAAUGGGUGUCAGACCAUGCAGGCAAAGGAGCCCGGCAAGAACAGCCGACAGCACAUUGUAAACGUUUACCAGAAUUGUAAUUCUAGCUAUCCGACGCAGUGGACAGCUUUCGAUGCCGACCACGUUGCGCUGCCGGGUGAUAAUGGGGGAGAUGCUGGUGUGAAUAGUUUUACGAUCAGCGAUGUCUGGAAGUUCUUCUCCCAGUUUCAGUAG